GUAUCAACACCAUUCCUACCUACUGCAUGGCAGCUUAAGUCAAGUAAUCCCUCUUUAGGUACCUAGUUCCGGCUACGUUUGUCUCAUUACUUCACGAUGGAGCCGGAAUCGAAUGAAGGCCUUCACGGCCACGCCUUUGAUGGUAUUUCUGAACCCAAGUCCGAAGUAGAGCAGGAAGAACUGGAUUUGGGUAUCGAGCAGCCGAAAGAUGGCGACCGCGAUAUUGUGUACAUUCAGGGUCCUAAAUUUUGGUUGAUCUCCGCCGCCGUGGCAAUAAUGAUGUUUAUGGUCAACUUCGAGGUUCCCGUCGUCGUCACAGCUUUAGUCUCAAUCACAAACGACUUAGGAGGGUUUAACAAUGUUAGUUGGGUUGUUUCUGCGUAUUUGCUUGGAUACGUUGCUGUCAUCGUCAUAUUUGCCAAGUUUAGCGAUAUAUUUGGGCGAAAACCAAUCUUCUUGUUAUCCAUUUUAAUUUUCAUCAUUUUCUCUGCUGCCUGUAGCGCUUCGCAGACCAUCGUACAACUUGCUGUUUUUCGCGCCCUGCAAGGCGUCGGCGGCGGUGGGUGUUGGUCUCUGGCUACAAUAUUCGUCAUUGAGCUGGUCCCACCGGAGAAGUACACCAAAUACAUAUCGAACAUCUCAAUAGUCAACGCUUUGGCGCUUCUAUUGGGACCUAUUGUCGGUGGAGCUAUUGCUUCCGGGACAAGUUGGAGGUGGAUUUUCAUCAUUAAUGUUCCGAUAUGUGUUCCAGCAUUUAUCAUAGCGAUUGUUGCUAUUCCCAACGGUUUUCCAUACGGCGAUCGACCGAAAUACCGGCGAGAAGCCGUCACGAGCAGCCCGCUCGGUCGGAUAGACAUACUUGGUACUGUUCUCAUCUUGCUCGCUACACUGGCCUUGACUUCAGGAUUUGAGGAAGCCGACAAGGAUUUCCCAUGGAGAUCCGGAUACGUCAUUUCCUUAUUGACGAUAUCUGGGCUCCUUUGGAUUGCGCUGGUUUUCUGGGAGCGCCAUGUCACACGUGCUAACGGUGCUCGGGAGCCCAUCCUGCCAUGGCGAUUUUUAACGAAUCGUCAUAUGAUGGGAGUUUUAUUAAAUUUGCUAUUCCUUGGCGGUCCUACUAUUGUUUCCAUGUUUAUCAUCCCGCAGAGAUUCGAGUUAGUGUAUAACACUUCUGGCCUCGAGGCUGGCGUGAGAUUGAUCCCAUAUACGGCCCUCCUUCCAAUAGGAUCAAUCAUUGGGUCUAUUCUUGCAGGGAAACACAUUCCGUUGGUUUACCUCCUGUUGUUCGGGUCUAUCUUACAAGUAAUCGCAUUUGCCGUAUUGGGCACUCUUCCAAGCAUUUUAACUAUCCCGCCACGGAUCUACGGUUUAGAGGUUGUGGCCGGACUUGGCUGCGGAUCUAAUUUCGCAUUAUUGUUUACAAUGAUUCCAUUUGUAAUUGAGAGGUUUGACAAUGCUACCGGCAUGGGCACCGGGUCCCAGAUCAGAAUGAUGGGUAGCUCCAUAGUUCUAGCAAUCGCGACAUCGGUCUCGAACACAUUUUUACGACCCCAGCUACAGGCACUUUUAGGUAUUUCAGAUACCAACGCCAUAUCUACACUCUUACCUACCUUGUCUCCGGAACUCCAGGAUCAAGUUAGGUUGGUCCUCGCAGAAAGUUACAAUCGCGAGGUCCUUGUGCUCUGCGUUUCAGCCGCAUUGCAAGUCCCCGCGAGCUUGAUGAUGUGGAGGAAAACGCAGCUUACAAUUUGAAAUACAUGUUCAAAGGUUUCUUUGUAGUUUCUCGAUCAUAUAUCGACCUCCAGUUAGAAUACCAGUACGUAGCUUAUCUGGGAAUGUAAGAUUCCGAGGGAGAGGCUAUUGCAUGGCUUUUGGCCCCUUGCUUACCUAGUGUGUACCUACUUAUUAAUACCUAGGUAGGUACCUGCGAGGGAGGCGAGGAUCUAGCUUUCGCGCUCAUGUUUGCCUCUAGAGUACAUGCCUCCCUACUAUGGAAGGUAUAUACACAACGUGACGUGGUGCAUAUGGAAUACGAAUACUCCUGUUUGGAGAAGCUAAUUUCUAAUCACAGAGGAAACAUCGAGUUAUCAUAUCUUCAACCGUGUUUCCAGAAGUUUUCAAGUGCGCAAGGAAGACAAUUAGAAAAGAAAAUACAUCUAUCCUACUCGA